UCGCAAAUGGUAUGUUGGUAAACAAAUGACGCCAUAUUGAUUUUGAUUUUGGGUAGCCUAUAUUCAAUUGAUGUCUAACCCCUGCUGACUACGCUACGGGCGUCGUAAACAACUUUGCGGCUUCGAUCGGUUUGUUUACAUAGUGCUGUUGUGCAAACGUUUAACGGGUUCGUAGUGUUUCCGUUUUCAAAAUUCGUAAUUGCUUGUGAAAUAUCAGUGCGUGAGUGAAAAUUUCCGGUUCCAUCUAAAGAGAACGUCAAAAGACCGGCAGGCAGCUUUGGCAGACCAACACAAUGUCAGACGGCGCGAACAGCACUGAUGACAGUGGCUCGUCUUGCGACGGCAAACCAGCGACGACAAGCGUGGAGGAAAGUGUCACUCCAAGUGAUAGCAACAGUGCACCAGCACCACUACCUACGUUAUCCCGCCAAGAUUCCGAUUCCAUGCUGACGGAUUGUGAGAAUACCAACAACGAAAAUCGUGUCAUCGAAAUGGAAAGUGCUGCAGGUGGUGGUGGUGGGAUAGUAGUGUCCGAAGCCGUUGCCGAGCCGAUUGACGACGAUUCUAGUGAACAGCCAUCGGUCGCUGCUAGUGAAAAGUGUGAUCCGGAUAAACACGCGGAACAUAUUAGCUAUGAUGACCAAGGGGUGGCCAUUUAUACCGAUCCGAAAACUGAGUUCAAGUAUUGCUGGUCGAAGGAGAAGAAUGAAUGGGUUCCCGCUUCUGCUAGUGGUGGGGAUGACGGGGGGGAGAAGGAUCCGUACGAAAAUGAACAUUAUCGGUGGUGUCAUGAGAGUAAAAAGUGGAUCCCGAAGGAAAAUCCAAAGGAAACGGAACAUUAUCGGUGGUGCGACGAAACGAACCAGUGGAUCCCGAAGGCUCAGCCUGGAGAGGAUCGUGCUUAUUCCUACAUAGACGGCGUUCACCACUACACCGAGAAGGAUGGGACGGUGUACUUUUGGGAUGGGGAGAAGAAGGCGUGGUUUCCGAAGGUGGAUGAUGACUUCAUGGCUGUUUACCAGUUGAAUUACGGGUUCACUGAUAACACAUCCGCGGCCACCGCUAUCACGGCCCUUUCGGAAACAAAGGAACAAGAAGUUGAAUCGAACAUUGGUGAAGAACAACCGGUGGUGGAAGAGCCAAAGCCUGUGGGGAAAAAGCGAAAGGCUCCUCCGGAACCACCAAAAUGGUUCGAUCUCAAACCGGAGCAUAACACUAAGGUUUAUGUGACCAAUUUACCGCUCGAUAUAACCGAGGAAGAGUUCGGUGAAAUUAUGGGUAAAUGUGGGAUGGUUCUCAAGGAUGGUAAGACCAAUAAACUGAAGCUGAAACUGUACCGGGAUUCGAACGGAGCACUGAAGGGCGACGGCUUGUGUCAUUACAUUAAGAUCGAAUCCGUGGAGCUGGCGCUUAAUAUUCUGGACAACUAUGACGUGCGCGGCCACAAAAUUCGUGUUCAGCAGGCCGAAUUCCAGCUCAAGGGCGAAUACAACCCGGCGUUGAAGCCAAAGCUGAAGAAGAAGGAGAAGGAAAAGGCGCGCAAGAUGCAGGAAGCUUUAUUCGACUGGCGCCCGGAGAAGAUGCGAGGCGAGCGUUCGAAGCAUGAGCGGAUUGUGAUCGUCAAGAAUCUGUUCGAGCCGGAGCUGUUCGACCGGGAGGUCCAUCUACUGCUCGAGUACCAGAACGACCUGCGGGAGGAGUGCAACAAGUGCGGUACCUGUCGGCGGGUCGUACUCUUCGAUCGGCACCCCGAAGGGGUGGCCCAGAUCACGAUGAGUGACCCGGAGGAGGCGGAUCUAGUGGUGAAGCUGCUGCACGGGCGGUUCUUCGGCAAGCGGAAGCUGACGGCGGAGAUCUGGGAUGGUAGGACGAAGUAUAGAAUCGCCGAAACCGACGCGGAUGUCAACAAGCGCCUCGACAGCUGGGAAAAGUAUUUGGAUAAAGCGGAGGAAGCGUCUGAUAAAUCUAGAGAGGCGCAAAAGGAGGCCGACAAGCGUCCCGUGGAACGACCGUCCGAAAAGGUUCCCUCCGACAACAACAGUUCAGCAGAGAAAACCGAAACGGGUGAGGUGACAGCAGAGGAUAAGCAGGCGGAGGAGAAGGUGGAAAAGCGUGCCGACGAUGAUGAUGGCAAUGAUGAACCGGAGCGCGGAGACAGCGAGGAACUACCGUCACCUCCGCCACCACAGCCACUGGUAGCAGACGAUGAUGAGCCGCCACAAAGCAAGGCAAGUGCCGAAUGAACACAGAACGGAAUUUUAGAAAUGUGCGCGGUAUGAAAUAAAAUGAUAAAUUUGAUUUGGAAGUCGUCGAACAAUUUUCAAACGCCACUUCGUUGAAAUAGAGCAAAAGAAUGUCCAUCAAA